CUGUGAUAGAUGGAUUUGGCCACUGGACUUGAGGAUCUUCUGACAUGUCCAAUAUGCUAUGAGGCAUUUGACCAUGAAAAUCAUGCACCCAAAGCCCUUCACUGCUCCCAUUCAGUAUGCCUUUUGUGCUUGUUAAAUAUGGAGCGAGAGUCAGCAUUACAAGUGGAAUGUCCGAUGUGUAGAGUUGUCUCUACUAAAUCCUCAGAGUCAUAUAAUUUUAGUGACAAUUAUGCCCUCAUCACACUGAUGGAUCUGAAGCAGAAAGGCCUCUCCUUCAACUCCAUUGGCAAAAGUCAGCAGAGGCUCCCCCUGGAAACUGGUAGUUCUGGUACCCAGGACCAAGCAGGAAGCCUCUUGAACCAAAUUCCAGGUAUUAUCAGCAGGAUAAAAGAGGGAACAGCCAAACUCUUAGAUCAAGAGUUGGCCAUCUUGGUGCAGCCAUCAACUUCAUGCUCUGGUGGUGCUGCUGAGGCAGGUGAUUCCACAGGGCAAGAGAACUCUGGGGACAAUAUUGGGAUGUCUUCUCCUACUAGGGAUACUUCUGCUCCAUCUGCUUCUUCAAAAUCCCAUGGAUCAUCAUCUGCUUCUUCCCAAAGUCUGCCUAAAUUAACAGAUGUACAUAAAGACCUCCAAGCCAUUUGUUUGCCAGUGAACUUGAGGAACCUCCGAGAGGAAGAACUGAAUCGCUGUUUCCACAACUUCCACCAGGAGUGCCUUCUGAAAAUGAUGCCACAGAACAGCAAUGUUCCCCAACAGGGGAGAAAGAGGAAGGGGUCUCCCAUCACUUCAAUCAACAAUGCCCCAAGUGGAAUACGUUGCCCUGUUUGCAAGUUUGUUUAUGGAGAAUUCCGGGGUAUGCAACCACCCGGAGGCACUAUGAAUGUGCAGCAUACAUCUCGACCACUUCCUGGAUAUGGAAGAUGUGGUUCCAUCAUAAUUACCUACCACAUUCCACCUGGCAUCCAAGGCCCUGAACAUCCAAAUCCUGGAAUGCCAUACAGUGCUCACAAUUUUCCAAGAUUUGCCUACUUGCCUGAUAAUGAAGAAGGGAGAGAGUUUGCCAACAUGCUGGCUAAAAGGGGAGCACUGAUUGUGAUAGAAGGGUUAGAUCAAGUUGGGAAAACCUCUCAAGCAACCAACCUUGUCGAGAAAUUGAAGCAGCUUGGACAUCCAGCGCAGUUCAUGGGGUUUCCAGAAAGAAGCACGCCGGUGGGGAAGAUGAUCGGAGAGUACCUCACGCGUUCCAAGGAUCUCAGCGAUGAGGCUAUCCAUCUCCUCUUCACUGCCAACCGCUGGGAACUAGUGCCUGUCAUCAAGCAACAUCUUCGCGACGGAACGAAUCUCGUGGUCGACCGAUAUUCCUUCUCGGGCAUGGCAUACAGCGUGUCGAAGAAGGGCUUGAACAUGAGCUGGUGCAAGGGCCCGGAAGUGGGGCUGCCUCGACCAGACCUCGUUCUGUUCCUCGACAUCCAUCCGUCGCGAUUGACGGAGAGGGAAGCCUUCGGGCAGGAACGCUACGAAGAUCUCAAGUUCCAGGAAGCCGUCCGAGAGAACUUCAAAGCCCUGACCGAGGACUAUUGGCAGGUGGUGAACGCGGAUCGGCCAUUCUCCGAAGUGGGACAGGAUCUGUUGGAAGCUGCGAUACGAACCAUUGAAUCUGUGCCGGGUAAACCCGUCCUUCGACUCUGGGCCGAUGGAGACCUUUCCCUCAGCUGAGACUCGUCUCCCCACUCGAGGAGCAUCCGUCUUCCAAUUCAUAAUAAAAAAGAUAGUUUUUCAACA